UCCACACUACCAAACAAACCCAUCCUUGUCACGUGCCUCCCCAUACCACGCCUCUUCACCUCUCAACUCACAUUUACCUCUUCGAAACUUCUCGUCUCUUCUCUUCUCCCCCUCUCCUAUACCAAAGAGCCUGAGCUCACUUCCUCUGAUGGCUCCGGCAUUUACAACUUCCAUCUCUGAUCUCCCUGACGUUAUUCUCUCUAAUAUUUUCGCUUCCAUCACUGAUACACGCUCUCGUAACUCCCUCUCUUUAGUCAGCCAGAAGUUUCAUUUGCUUGAGAGGAUCACGCGCACCUCUCUCACGCUCCGAGGCAACGCUCGUUACCUCUUCUUGAUCCCUAACGGUUUCAGAUCCGUCACCAACUUAGACCUCUCUCUUCUCUCUCCGUGGGGCCACUCCCUUCUCUCUUCCUCUUUGCCGUCUGAUCUUCUGUUGGCUCAGCGCUUACGACAGGCUUUUCCUUCCGUCACCUCUAUCACUCUCUACUGCCGAUCACCCGCCACUCUCCAGAUUUUACUUCCUCAGUGGCCCAGAUUGAGCCACGUCAAAUUAGUCCGUUGGCAUCAACGCCCGCAGUCCGAUAUCGGAGCUGAUUUUUAUCCUUUAUUUGAACAAUGUAAGUCACUUACCUCUCUUGAUGUUUCCAGUUUCUAUUACUGGACAGAAGAUCUCCCUCCGGUUCUCCAAGCUUUUCCAAAUAUAUCAGCGAAUCUCACGCACUUGAAUCUUCUCACGACAUCGUUUAUGGAAGGUUUUAAGUCGCAGGAGAUUCAAGAUAUCACUGCCGCCUGUCCUAAUCUGAACAAGUUUCUAGUUGCGUGUAUGUUUGAUCCGAGGUACAUUGGUUUCGUCGGUGACGAAACUUUAUUGGCUAUCGCAACCAAAUGUCCUAAACUGUCGCUUCUCCACCUAGCCGACACGUCGUCCUUGGCUAAUCUGAGAGGAGAUCCAGAAAGUGAUGGUUUUACUACAGAGGACGCAAGAAUCAGUCGAGAGACUUUAAUAAAGUUUUUCAAUAGCUUGCCUUUACUGGAGGAGUUGGUUCUCGAUGUCUGUAAGAAUGUAAGAGAUAGCGGUUUUGCUCUCGAGGUGCUAAAGUCUAAGUGUCCGAAUCUCAAAGCACUUAAGUUAGGACAGUUUCAUGGGAUUUGUUUGGCUAUUGGAUGGCAGCUUGAUGGGGUUGCGUUGUGUGGACGUCUCGAGUCUUUGUCUGUAAAGAAUUGCGGAGACAUGACUGAUAUGGGUUUGAUAGCCAUCGGGAAAGGGUGUUGUAGAUUGGCUAAGUUUGAAGUUGAAGGAUGCAAAAAUAUUACAGUCCGGGGAUUGAGGACAAUGGCUUGUUUGCUUCGAAAGACUUUGGUUCAGGUGGGGAUUUCUUGUUGUAAGAACCUUGAUGCUGUGGCAUCCUGUAGAGCUUUGGAGCCGAUUCGUGAUCGUAUUCAAAAACUGCAUAUUGAUUGUGUAUGGAAUGGAGUGGAAGAGAGCGAUAAUUCAGAUCCAGAUGUUCUCAGUUUUGAACUCAAUGUAGUGAAUGAUGAGGGUAGUUCAUUCUCUGAAGAUGAAGAUACUGACACUAACACGAGCAAGAAGAAAAGAAAAUACUGUUUCGAUGGGGAGGGUUACUCUAUGCAAAGUAAUGGAAAUGGAUCUUGGUGCAAGACAUGGGAAAGCUUGAAGAGCCUCUCAGUUUGGAUUGAAGUUGGUGAGCUCUUAACGCCAUUGCCGAAGGUGGGUCUCGAUGAUUGUCCAAAUUUGGAAGAGAUUCUUAUAAAGGUGGAAGGAGAUAGCCGGAGACGGUACAAACCGUCGGAGCAGGCUUUUGGAUUGGGCUGUCUAGCAGUGUAUCCACGGCUUUCAAGGAUGAAACUAGAUUGUGGUGAAACAAUAGGUUUUGCUCUAACAGCGCCAUCGGGACAAAUGGAUUUGAGCUUGUGGGAGAGAUUUUUCUUGAAAGGAAUUGGGGAAUUGAGACUUAACGAGCUUGAUUAUUGGCCACCACAAGAUAGGGAUGUAAAUCACAGGAGUCUGUCACUACCGGCAGCUGGAUUGCUUGCACAGUGUAGCACGCUGAGAAAGCUAUUUAUCCACGGAACGGCUCAUGAACAUUUUAUGAUGUUCCUUCCUGAAAUUCCUAAUCUGAGGGAUGUUCAACUGAGAGAAGAUUACUAUCCAGCACCGGAGACCGAUAUGAGUACUGAAAUGAGGGUGGACUCCUGCUGUCGCUUUGAAGACGCGCUUAAUAGAAAACGCAUAGAUGAUUGAAUCAUA